CGACGGGCCCGGGGCCCCAGACAUGCGGUGAUCUGAGAACAAGGCAGCCACUGCCACACCUGGACUUCACCAGAUGAGUCUUUGCCGCACAGCCCCAUCUGUCCACAGGUCGCCUUGGGCUGAUGGAGGUGGUAUGACUGUGGAUAUGGCCGGGGACCUGGUGCUGACGGGUCUUUCUGAAUGGAAUGCCUGAGGCCCCCCCUUGGAGCUCCCCGCCUCGAGCCAUGAACGCCCACCCCAAGGAGAUGGUGCCCCUCACAGGCAGAAGAGCCACCAUUCCCUUUGUGAACCCUGUCAUCUUGCAGGAGAAGAGGCCGUCAGAGAUCACCCCCACCAAGAAGAGUGCACACUUCUUCCUGGAGAUAGAAGGGUUCGAGCCCAACCCCACGGUGGCCAAGACCUCUCCCCCCAUCUUCUCCAAGCCCAUGGACUCCAACAUCCGGCAAUGUGUCUCCGGCAACUGUGAUGACAUGGAUUCCCCACAAUCUCCUCAGGAUGACGUGACAGAGACCCCGUCCAAUCCCAACAGUCCCAGCGCAAACCUGGCCAAGGAAGAGCAAAGGCGCAAAAAGAAGCGGCUGAAGAAACGCAUCUUCACGGCGGUGUCGGAGGGCUGCGUGGAGGAGCUGCUGGAGCUGCUGGGGGAGCUGCAGGAGCUUUGCAAGCGGCGCCGCAGCGUGGACGUGCCUGACUUCCUCAUGCACAAGCUGACGGCCUUGGACACGGGGAAGACCUGCCUGAUGAAGGCCUUGUUAAACAUCAACCCCAACACCAAGGAGAUGGUGCGGAUCCUUCUUGCCUUUGCUGAGGAAAAUGACAUCCUAGACAGGUUCAUCAACGCUGAGUACACGGAGGAGGCCUAUGAAGGGCAGACGGCGCUGAACAUCGCCAUCGAGCGGCGACAAGGAGAUAUCACCGCGGUGCUCAUCGCGGCCGGGGCCGAUGUCAACGCCCACGCCAAGGGGGUCUUCUUCAACCCCAAGUACCAGCACGAAGGCUUCUACUUUGGCGAGACACCCCUGGCGCUGGCAGCCUGUACCAACCAGCCCGAGAUUGUGCAGAUGCUGAUGGAGAACGAGCAGACGGACAUCGCCUCGCAGGACUCACGGGGAAACAACAUCCUCCAUGCCCUGGUGACCGUGGCCGAGGACUUCAAGACGCAGAACGACUUUGUCAAGCGCAUGUACGACAUGAUCCUGCUGAGGAGCGGCACGUGGGAGCUAGAGACCAUGCGCAACAACGACGGGCUCACACCCCUGCAGCUGGCUGCCAAGAUGGGCAAGGCCGAGAUCCUGAAGUACAUUCUCAGCCGUGAGAUCAAGGACAAGCGGCUCAGGAGCCUGUCCAGGAAGUUCACCGACUGGGCAUACGGGCCUGUGUCAUCCUCGCUCUAUGACCUCACCAACGUGGACACCACGACCGACAACUCGGUGCUGGAGAUCAUCGUCUACAACACCAACAUCGACAACCGGCAUGAGAUGUUGACCCUGGAGCCCCUGCACACGCUGCUGCAUAUGAAGUGGAAGAAGUUCGCCAAGUACAUGUUCUUCCUAUCCUUCUGCUUCUAUUUCUUCUACAACAUCACCCUGACCCUCGUCUCUUACUACCGCCCCCGGGAGGAGGAGGCCCUGCCACACCCUUUGGCCCUCACGCACAAGAUGGGGUGGCUGCAGCUCUUAGGAAGGAUGUUUGUGCUCAUCUGGGCCAUGUUCAUUUCUGUGAAAGAGGGCAUCGCAAUCUUCCUGCUGAGACCGUCAGAUCUCCAGUCCAUUCUCUCAGAUGCCUGGUUUCACUUUGUCUUUUUUGCCCAAGCUGUGCUUGUGAUACUGUCUGUCUUCUUGUACUUGUUUGCCUACAAAGAGUACCUCGCCUGCCUCGUGCUGGCCAUGGCCCUGGGCUGGGCGAACAUGCUCUACUACACUCGGGGGUUCCAGUCCAUGGGCAUGUACAGCGUCAUGAUCCAGAAGGUCAUUUUGCAUGAUGUUCUGAAGUUCUUGUUUGUAUAUAUCGUGUUCUUACUUGGAUUUGGAGUAGCUCUGGCCUCACUGAUAGAGAAGUGCCCCAAGAGCCAUGAGAACUGCAGCUCCUACGGCAGCUUCAGCGACGCGGUGCUGGAACUCUUCAAGCUCACCAUAGGCCUGGGUGACCUGAACAUCCAGCAGAACUCCAAGUACCCCAUCCUCUUCCUGUUCCUGCUCAUCACCUACGUCAUCCUCACCUUUGUCCUCCUCCUCAACAUGCUCAUAGCCCUGAUGGGGGAGACAGUGGAGAACGUCUCCAAGGAGAGCGAGCGCAUCUGGCGCCUACAGAGAGCCAGGACCAUCUUGGAGUUUGAGAAGAUACUGCCAGAGUGGCUGAGGAGCAGAUUCCGGAUGGGGGAGCUGUGUAAAGUGGCAGAGGACGACUUCCGGCUGUGUUUGCGGAUCAACGAGGUGAAGUGGACUGAAUGGAAAACUCAUGUCUCCUUCCUCAAUGAAGAUCCGGGGCCCGGGAGACGGACAGCAGAUUUCAACAAAAUCCAAGAUUCUUCCAGGAGCAACAGCAAAACCACCCUCAACGCAUUUGAGGAAAUAGAUGAAUUUCCGGAAACUUCAGUGUAAAAGCAGGACUCAGAGCUCACAUGUGUGUGGGCCAUCUGAUGCUGGAGCCUGGGUGCUGGACUUGGCGCUUCGUGCUUUACAGAGUGAUGGAGCCUGGCUCCGCCUGCAGAGACGAGGAACGCACCCUCAUGCUGAGCGGGUGACUGAACCAAAGGGCAGUUGUCAGUUUGUCUGAGUGGGAAACACCCUGGAGUUUGUUAUUCAGCAAAGAGCUUGUAAAAACCUAUGGCCAGCGUUCCUGAGCCUGGGAGUUCCAGGAGCCCUGAAUCCUGGGUGAAGCUCCUGUGUUUACCAACUGCAGGUCAACUUGGCUGGAAGAGAGGAUGGCAGGGCAGGGGCAGGGGCCCAAGGAGCACAGGGAGGAGUCUUUCUUCUCCCAAUGUCUUGACAAUGUCUUGUCAGUGUCUUGACAGCCCCUAGCCCCAGCCUUAAUAUUCUACCAUCUCCCCUACUGUGACUGGAUCUCCUGAAUUUAAGGGCCCCUUGACCCCAUCAUUCUAUGUACAGGGGACUGAGCUGAGCCUGGUAUCCUGGGGUCAGAGGGGAAUGAGCUUCUGGAAUCUUCAGGGAGCAGGAAAACACCCUCAGAAUAAGUGGCCUUGGUACUCAAGGCUUAGACUGUCUCCUAACUGAGAGAUGAUUCUAGAAGUGUAAUUAACACAGGGUUUUUCUUUUCAGUAGAGAAAGAACAUUUCAGUUUUAAAUGAAAAUUACUUCAAAUGAAGUGUGUGAUUUUAAAAGCUGAGAAAUAGAUUUUAGGAUUUGGGGGUUGGACGUAAGUAUUAUAUACUUGGCCUCAAGGUGGCCAGAACAAGGACAAAAAGAUUUUCUUUACAUACUUAAAACUACAUGAGACAUGCCAGGCAGGGCCUGCGAUCUGGGUGAAAGAUCUUGGCUGGUUUCCUUGUCCCAGCCCUGGCACAGUGCGGGCUUCCAAGCUGGGAUAGUGGCUUCGUCUGAAACAGAAAUAGCAGCUGCUCUAUUUAUAUGGUCUUGAAUCUCAGAGGUUACUCUUACACAUUAGUAUUUUUCAUUGGAGGAAUUUUAUAGAAUAUUUGAAACGCUCUGGUAUUCAAUAUUUUUUUUAACUGUGAAUUUUGAAGCAGAGGAGAAGGCGUCUGAAGAGGAGCCAAGACGUGGGGCUUAGUUUUAGAUUCUCAUCCUCUGAUUUUCUUCCCUGAAAUUACUCAGUUUGGGGGACAGAGAUGAAGUGGAGAGAGUAGAAAUGUUCCAGGUUAUUGGAGCCUCAAGUGUGUUGGUCCAUCAGUCGUGUCCAUAUCUUUGUGACUCCAUGGACUGUAGCCUGCCAGGCUCCUCUGGUCAUGGGAUUCUCUAGGCAAGAAUAUUGGAGUGGGUAGCCAUUCCCUUCUCCAGAGGAUCUACCUGACCCAGAGAAUGAACCCGGGUCUCCUGUAUUGCAGGGGGAUUCUUUACCAUCUGAGCCCGUAAAGAAGUCCUAUUGGAACCUAAACAACCGGAAAAUCCACUCUGACUCAGUUAUCUGGUAAAAGAUUCGUGUGGGGAAUUUAAUGGUUUUUUUGAGUAUAGUUGCAUUACAAGUUGUGUUAGUUUCUCCCGUGCAACAAUGUGAAUCAGCCAUGAAUAUACAUAUAUCCCCUCCCUCUUGAAACUCCUUCCUGCCCCCACCCCCACAUCCCACCCCUUUAGGUCAUCACAGUCCUGUGGGAUUUUUGAGGUGAAAUUUUAACGAUAUUAACCGUGAACUUUCAUUUUAAAUGGCACAAAAUCAUUCAGCUUUUAGAUAACUUGGCUGUUGGUUAGUUAAUCUGACUAGAUGCAAACUAAGGAGUGUGGGCCACGCAGUCCACUCCUGGCCCAUUUCUCUGCUGUGUGCACCAGCUUACCUGGGUGGGCAGAAUCUUGGCCCGUGUGUCCCUGAUGGGCUGGGUCAGGGUCAGAUGAGUCAAAGAGGCAGCCCUGCAAUCUGCAGCAGCCCCUGCACUCUCAGAUGACCCAGGGAGCUGCCCAAUGCUCCAAGCUGUAGUGAUCAGACCAGGUUCAGGUGUGAGCAGGGGAGGAAGGGGCUAGGCAUGUUUCUUGCAGAAGGGAAGAUUUAGGGGGAUUAUCACAGAGGCAGGAGGACCAGAUGUGUUGUAGAUGAACAGAACUAGUGCCCAAAAGUUGGAAGCUUCAGGGAAAACGCUUAUGGUUCAAUGUAGUCCAACAACUUCUUCAGAUGUUAUGUUUUGUUUCUUUUUAAAUUUUUUUGGCCACACCCCCCAGAGCAUUUGCAACCCACACUCCCUGCAUUGGAAGCGUGGGGUUUUAAACACUGGACCUCCAGGGAAGUUGUGAUACUGGGGAUAUUUAAGCAGAAGCUGGUUGAGCAUAUAUUAGGGAUAUUGUUAAAGAUCAUCAUCAGAUGAACUUGAAGCUCCUUUUAGCCUGGAGGGUAGCAUCCUGUUAUCUGGAAUUACCUUCUUGCCUUUAUCCUGAACAGACAGAUGUCUUGGUUUGAAGGGCAGCAACUCAGAUCCAUGGCUCCACACUCUACUCUGGGCAGCUGGGAAUUCAGAAUUGUUUUGGUUUGGGUAUGCGUGGAUAAAACUGUGUAACUCUUCACUUCCCACUUGAGCAAAAGCUGGGAGGUUAGACAGACAGAAGUCAAUAACUGGAUCUUUGUUUUCUUAUGCAUAUGGAGGCCUGUCUAUGGAUCUGGAUGGAAUUUGUUGGCAGGACCAUUUUCUAUACAGAAUCUUCCUCCUGACAGUGGUGUCCCCCAAAGGCUUUUAUCCUAGAUGGUCUCAACCUAGGCAGAUUUACCAAGGAAGGUGAUGAGUCAGAGCAUUGGUUUAAAAGGACCAGUUCUCUUAUUUCACACCUGGAGACCAAAGCUCUGAAACGAAAGUGGACUUGUUCAAAGUCAUGUAGGAGAUUGUAUCAGAGCUGCUGAAGCUGGAAUGUUCUGAUUCUGGACCACAGAUGUCCUUCUGUGAUAUUUUAGUUUUUUGGCACAGUUCUUUGGUAAAUUUGAUUCUGCCUUUGUGGUUGGCAUGUAUCAGGGGAUUAGGUUUUUGCUCAGAUAAUUCAUGCUGGCAGUCUGCAUUGUCCCUGUGAUCCCUAUGAUGGGUUUUUAAAUUCAAAUGUAUGCAUACAGAUGUGCACAAAACCACACAUACACACACUGCACCACACUGAAUCCAUAGGUGUAUCAGAAUAUCUUAAGUGAUUCACAUUUCACUAAUUUAAGGGGAAAGCAUUUUCCAACAAUGGAAUCUCACAUGUUCAGAUAAUAGUUGUGGCUGGAAAUUUUCCUUUAGCUAAAUUCUGCCUCAGGAAGAAUCCAUUAUUCUAGAAAUUAAGUUAUGUAUCUGUUUGGAGUAAAAAAGGUGCUUACCUUCCUCCCUGGGUGGGGGAAUGGGAUAAGGAGUUCAAGGCUGUACUGUGAAGUCACUAAGCUCUUAGAGGGCUCCUGCCCUGGAGCCCAGUGUUACUGACCUUCUUUUCCUUCCACAAGGCCUGGUGGGCUAAGUCCUUUGGCUCUGGGUAGGGGCCAUAUAGAUGGACCGUCAUGUGGGCCUGUAAGCCAUACUUGAUCUCUGCAUCGAUUUACCUUUUUUUUUAAACUGUGAUCUUGGUCCCAAACAUAGAGGAUUGUUACCUUGUUCUCACUGAAUGUGCCUAAUCUUUGCAAAUUCCAUUUACAUCCUUAUUUUUAGUGUUAUGUGUGUGUGAACCUCUAUGUGCAAGAGAGAAGUCAUAAAUGGAGUAAGAACAUUUUAGUGUCAUUGAAGAAAUAUUUUAAUGAUUUCUAAUAAAUAUUUAUUUUGCCUUGUUA